UGUUUUGAAGAGCAGGCCGAUUGUGCCCAGACAGGUGUUUGUAAAUAAGAUGAACUCGGGGAGACACACGACUAGAUAUUCCCACGAUCUCAUGCAUAUAAAAGGCACUGGUGUAUGAAACUCGCUCAUACAUCAACGCACACUGCCGAGAGCACAGCUAUCAAAAACUCAACUCAACACUCGAAACCAAAAUGGCGUUAGAAUGCAUCGAUAGCUCAAACUAUGUCAGCAAGAUUCUUUCUGAAAGACGAAAGGCGAAGAAACCACUUAUGGAAAAGAUGAGACGAGCAAGAAUAAAUGACAGUCUGAACGAACUAAAAACCUUAGUACUGGAUCUCCUGAACAAAGAUGCAAGCAGAUACUCUAAAAUGGAGAAAGCUGAUAUCUUGGAGAUGACUGUAAGUUACCUACGGGCAGCUCAACGAAAAGACUUGCGAGUUCAAGAUAUGAAUUCCUUGGCUGAAUUUCGAGCUGGAUUUAACCAAUGUGCAGCAGAAGUAUCGAAGAAUCUAAGUGCCUCUGAUAGUUCUGGUCAUCUUAGAGAAAAACUCAUGUCUCACCUCGCUUCAAAUUGUCAUGGAAACCGUGUAAAUUCAACUUUCGCGCCCCCAAGUUUUCCCGCCAAUAAUACAACUGUUUGGGUUCCUUAUCCUUCGCCACCGCCUUCUCCUAUAUCUCAAAACACUGUGUACCUCGCUGGAACAGUUCCCGUACUAAGAGAUUCAAGUAGUUUAAUGUCACCUGUUAGUCCGUUACAGACCACAGCUCAAGUAAAAACAGAAUUCGUUAAAAGACCGGUAUCUACAAAGAAACCGGCGUUGUGGCGUCCAUGGUGAUAAUAUUCAUUUCAGAAUGAAACUCUUUUAAGUUUCUAUCAAAGACUCAAUUUAUUCAUUAAGACAUUAAGAAAUUUAGUUUCGUAAGUAAAAACGCGAAGAAAUUUUGAAUUUCAUUGUAUAAAUGAUCUGUGGAAAUGUAAAUAAGGUUUGCUUAAAGAGAGAUAUUUUAUAGAGAAUUAAAGUGAUAAAUAUUAUGAAUUAUUAUUCUGCACAGCAGUGAUAAAAAGCAAUAAUUAAAAGAUAUUUGAAGAAAAA